AUGUUGGGAAAUAUCGACGCUAAUGAUCAGCUGACCUUGCACACAUUCUGUGAUGCUAGUCAAUCUGCUUAUGCGGUAGUUAUUUUUAUUAGGAUAGAAAGACAUACAGGUGUUGAAGUACAAUUUGUACAGGCUAAAUCAAGAGUCGCGCCUGUCAAAAAUAUAACUAUCCCCCGAUUAGAACUCUUGGCGGCAACUAUCGCGACUAGGUUAGCAAAAUCAGUACUAGAAAUUCUACAAUUAGCUGACAUAAGAACGUAUUAUUGGAGCGAUUCCUCCACAGUUUUAGCUUGGAUUCAGAGAGAGUGUCAUUGGGGUACCUUUGUAUGGAAUAGGGUUCAGGAGAUUCAAACUCUGUUGACCACUUUGAAGGAGAAGAAUAUAGAGCCUAAUUACAGGAAAGAUAAAGUCGUCGACUCCUUAGGUGUGUAUCAUUUUUCCGAUUACCGAACUAUUUUACGAGUCGUUGCUUGGAUCAAAAGAUUUAUUCGUAACUCUCGGAGCAAGAAAGAACUACACGUAAGGGAUAAGUUAUCAGUUGUCGAAUUAAAGGAAUCGGAGAUUACGUUACUGCGAGUUGUUCAGUAUGAAAGUUUUAUUGACGAAAACAAUGAUCGGAUUAGACAUUUAAACACGUUCAAGGAUGAUCAAGGUAUAAUACGUUUGAGUACAAAAAUUAUUAUGAAAGAGGAUGCUAAAAAUUUUCGAUAUCCUUUAGUCUUACCUGCCGACUGCUGUAUUGUUCGAUUGAUUAUUAGAGAAAAACAUGAACAGUUACUUCAUGCCGGCGUGCAGAUUUUAAUGAAUAAUAUAAGGGAACAAUUUUGGAUCUUAGGUGGUAGGAGGACUGUUCGAUCGGUUAUAAGACAAUGUGUCGUCUGUCGUAGACACGAUGCUAAGGCUAUACAGGCUAUUCCUGCUCCUCUACCAGAAGAUCGAGUUAGAGAUGCAGCUGUAUUUGAGAUUGUAGGGAUUGAUUUAGCAGGACCUGUAUUCCUCAAAGGAUCUCAGAAAGCUUGGAUAGUUCUUUUUACUUGCGCAGUAUAUAGAGCUGUACAACUCGAAUUAGUGACUUCAUUAUCAACUGUAUCAUUUUUGGAAGCAUUUCGACGAUUUGUGGCACGACCAGGUAGACCUACAGUUGUUUAUUCAGAUAAUGGAAAGAACUUUGUGGGCCUAAAUAACUUAUUCUCAAAGGUAAAUUGGGACGAAGUGGCCAAAACCGGUACAGUGCAGAAAAUAGAAUGGAAGUUCAACCCUCCUACUGCAGCAUGGUGGGGUGGAUGUCCGGCAUACGAAGAAAUGCUGACCGUACUGUGUGAUUGUGAAGCUGUUAUAAAUUCAAGACCGAUAACAUUCAUGUCUGACAGUGCUCAGGAUUUAGUACCUCUUUCACCAUCUAUGUUUUUGCAAGAAAUUAGAGAAAUCGGCGUACCUGAUUGUGAUCAGAUAGAAAGACUAAAGUUAGAUAAGAAGUUUGCGUACCGACAAAAGAUCAAAGACGAUUUGCAACGUAGAUUUCGUGUAGAAUAUUUAGGAGAGUUAAUACAUCAUAAUAACAAAAGGAAGGAAUUACGGAAGAUUCAAGUGGGCGAUAUUGUUUUAAUUGAAGAUGAAAGUAAGAAACGUGUUGAAUGGCCGUUAGCGCGGGUCAAGGAUAUUAUUAUUGGAAAGGGAAAUGAAGUGCGAGUAGUUCGUUUAAUUACUACUUCUGGCGAGUUAAUAAGACCUAUACAAAGAAUUUACCCGCUAGAACUAACAUCCGAUCAAAGUAAAGAAGUUGUACAAGAACUUAUUAAUGAGAAAUCGAAUACUGAUUAUAAUCCUAAUAAUAAGAUUUCGGAAGUUCCACGUCAUAAUCCCGUAGAAACACCCGUUGUAACGAGAUCCGGCCGUAUCAUUAAAAAACCGAAAAGGUUCCUAUAG